GAACAGUUACAAAAUUGCCACACGAGGCAUAUAGGAUAAACUUGUGUUCUGAGAUCUUAGAUCUGUCGCGCUUUUUAUACCUAUCGACAUGGCAAUCAGAAUCUGAAAAUAUGGUUGGUCUGUACAGAUUUGUGACCCGGCGGAGGAGGGCAUGCUUGCAGAGGGAGGCGCGAUUUUAAUGAUGAGGUCAAGAUCAGCAUGCUGCGAACUACAUAGAAAGUAAUGUGUCCGAUCAGAACAUAAAAGCAAAGCAUAAUGAGUCUGCUUCUCCAAGAGCUUUUAUUCUGCUGCCGUGGUUUAGAGAAUGAAAAAGUCACAGAAAGAAAGAAAGAGGUGGAGCGCUUUCGUCAGCUCAUUCGAUCUCCUGAUACCAUACAAGAACUCGACCGCAAUUCUGGAACCAAGAGUUCUAAAGGCUCAAAACAGCUCUCCUGGGAUGCUGUUUUCAAGUUUCUGCAGCGGUACCUUCAAAAAGAGACUGAGGCAUUGCAGUCUGGGAAAGCCAAUGUGUCUGCCACGACGCAAGCCAACCGGCACAAAAAGAUGCAGGAGAUCAGCAGCCUGGUCAAAUAUUUUAUUCGAUGCGCGAACAAACGCGGGCCGCGGCUGAAGUGCGCAGACCUGCUCUGCCACAUCAUGGACGUCCUGGGCAGUUCCUACAGCUGCACUGCCUACGGUGAAGACUACAGCAGCCUCCUGCUGAAGGACAUCCUGUCUGUCAGGAAGUACUGGUGUGAGAUUACGCGACGGCAGUGGUGUGAUUUAUUGGAUUUGUAUUGCGGCUUCUUCAACGCUGGGUCUAGAGCUAUCAACCGUGUCUUAGUGAGCAGGAUCAUCCACACUGUCGUUAAGGGCUGCUGUUCUCAGACUGAUGGCCUUGCCCACACGCUGUUCUCCUUCUUCUCCAAAGCCCUGCUUCAUGCUAGGAAAGAGAAGCACCUGGUUGUCGUAGAGCACCUGGUAUCUGCCCUGAACAUCUUUCUGAGGUCUUCAGCCAUGAAUUGCCGCAUUCGGGUGUGUCAGCUUGGGGAGGAACUCCUGCCCUCCGUCCUGUACAUCUGGGCUCAGAUGCGGCCCAGUCCCAUGCUGAAGGAGGAGCUGGUGGAGUUCUUUAGCUUGCAGCUGUGUGUUCACCAUCCAAGAGGAGCAAAGACUGAGGAUACAGGUGCCUAUGCUGAGGAUUGGACGAAAUGGCAGAGUCUGCUCUAUAACCUUUAUGACGUCCUUGUGAGUGAGAUCGGCCAGAUAGGCAGCCGAGGGAAGUAUGUCACGGGUUCACGUCACAUCGCGGUGAAGGAGAACAUCAUUGAGUUGACUGCGGACAUUUGCCACCAGCUCUUUAGCCAGGAGACGCAGGUCCUGGAGGUCACCCAGGCACACUUGAGGACGACCCAGUGGGAGUGUCCCCAGGCAACCCCCAGCAAACGAAGACGGAUCGAACUGGGUUGGGAGGUUCUUAGAGACCAUCUCCAGCCGUCUAAGAGUGACUUUGACAUUAUUCCAUGGUUGCAAAUUAGCUCAAUGUUAGCCUCCAAGUAUCCUUCACUCCUUCCUGGGAAGGACCUGGUUCCCCUGCUAUCGACACUUUGUCAGCUGCUGUCAGAGCAGCGGCGAGGAGAGCGGGGACCCUACGUUCUACGUUGCCUGCGGGAAGUGGCCCGUUGCCAGGCCCUGCAUCCUGACCGUGCUCACGCCCAGGGCCCCGAGUUACAUAAGCUGUGGAGCCGCAUCUGGACUCUGGCCAUACGAGGCGCCGGCUUCCCGCAGACUGAGGCUCUCAGCCUGGACCUCCUGGAGACCAUCAUUCAGGGGGGGCUCAUUCCUAUUGAUAAGGAGUUCUGGAGACUCUUCACCAGCUCUGCUUACAAGCCAUCCAGAGCUGCUGCGACCUGCCUGGCCCAGGCUUUGCUGAAAUGUGCGCCCCUGAAAAUGACUGAUCCAGGCCCAGACCACCUAGCUGUGGAAGGCUUUGGGCUGCCCGGCUUCAAAGAGUCGAGUAUUAGCUGGCUGCUGAACAGCAACCAGAGUGAAGAAAUGGAGGAGGGCAGCAAGCCUCAUCUUAUUGUCUCCAGGAAUUUUCCAGAUCUCGUAAUUCCCAGGAUUCUUGUAUCUUUGACUCUCAAAGACACCAGGGCUGGCAUGUUGUUGUUUCUUAAAGAUUCACCAGUUUCUGAGAGAUCUUCAGCCCAAGAUAGUGCUUCAUGUGCGGGCAAAGAGGACCUGUGUGAGAUAGAGAGAAUGUACCUCCAUUUCUCCUUCGAUGAGGAGCUCUGUCCCGCCGUGAAGUUGACGAGCACUGCGUCAUUGUCUGGAGAUCCUCAGGUCACGGUUGUUCAGGGCUUGAAGGACAAAGUGGAAAAGGACUUACUUUUUGCAGCUGAUAACCUGCUCAACUGCUAUUCCCCUGAGUCACAGUCCACCCCUCCAGAAUGUCUGGUCCGAUGUUGUACCCUCCUAACGGGCAUCCUGGGCGCAUACGUGUGCACUGGGAUCCUCAGCGAAGAAGAUGCUUGCGGGUCCUCGCUCUUCCAAAAAGCCAAGUCGGUCGCUCGGCAUCUGAAUGAAUACAUCGGCACAGUGAAGGGAAGGAUGACAGAUGAUGGUAUUAAUUCUACUCUGAAGACCGUCAUGCAACUCUGCACAGAUGGCAUCUGCAGAGGGACAAAAGGCAGAAUGAGGUCAGUCUCCUGCAGCUUGUUCUUAAGUUCCUUGCCAUCACGACUACUGACUGAACUGUGUGAAAUAUGCAAAAUGAUGCUGACAAACCCGUCUAAAAAAGGCAGUGUGGCAGUAGAUGAAGAUCACACGGAAGACGACCUGGAGAUGACCCGGACUCAGGCAGACGAUCUGGGCCACAUCGACCUGAUCGGCGGUGGAGAAUCGGUUGCUUCCAGCUCAGGCAGCAAACUCCAGCAGGUGGCAGAUGGCGCCGGAGUUCAGAACUCCACAGGUGCCCAAAGUGCACUGGCUGAGGAGCUCCUGACCAAACAGGACUUGGCUUUCCUUGCCACCCUCAGGUUCCUCUGCCUCUGUGCGUCUGCCGAGCUCACGCACGGACUCUCCUUCAAGCCACCCGAGAUCCGACACCGGCUUCUCCUGCUCGUCGACCAGAUCGACCUUGCAAAGCCGCUGCAUCUUAACAUGUACCUGACAUUGCUGAAUAAAAUACCAGCAGUGGAUACAUGUUUAACAGCAGAAGAUUUUGAUUCGCUUUUAAGUCCUCUAGCGGAUUUAUGCUCUUUGUACCGCCAAGACCAGGAGGUCUGUGCCACUAUUCUACGGGGCCUCCUCUCCUGCAUCUGCAGCCUGAGCCAGACACAGGACCCGGGUGAAGAUAUGCGCCACGUGCAGGGGGCUCUUCUCAAAGUGGUCUCUGGCUUCUGCAUCCUGGCCCGGACUGGCAAAAGCAUAACUUCUGUGCGGGUGGCCUUGGUGCAGUGUUUGGUGGCCUUGCUGGAGGUGGACCCUUGCUGUAGGUGGGCAGUUCUGACCCUGCCGGAGGAGGAACCCGUAUCAGCUGUCCUUCCAUCCUUCCUCGCGGAUCCCCACCAUCACGUCCGCAUGAAGGCAGCCUUGUUCGUGGACAGACUCUUCCUGGAGAUAUUACCACGCCACCUGGAGGCGAAGAAGAUGCUGUCGCUGCAGCUGCAGCAGGCCGCCUUUGAGAAAGUGUACCUGAAAGCGCAGGAGGGAAUGCAGCUGAAAGGCGGAGCCCCGGAAGAGCAGCAGGACGAGGUUUUCAACCGGCGCGCCACCCUGUUGAAGAGUGUCUCAGGGAUGCUGGCCUGCAGCCCUGUCUGCGAGAAGCAAGCCCUGUUUGCCCUCUUCCAGGCCCACAGGGAGAACAGCAUCGACCAACAGCUGAUCAAGAAGGUCCUGCGGAGUGUGGCACAGACCCUGGGCUACAGGAGCCCUGAGAACUUGGUGAGGUCCCACUUGGACUACCUGGUCACAGAAUGGCUGCGGCAGAGGCGGACGGAGCCGGGCUACACGCUGGAGUCCUUCCCCUACGCACUGCUUGGUCAUGUGACCCUCGAGGACUUUUACAGGUCCUCCUACCAUGUCCUGGUGCCGCAUUUGGUUUUUCUGGACGAUUUCGAGCAGGUGAAGUCCAUCGGCACCAUGCUGAAUUUGGACUGGAAGCAGCUACUGGCCAACUGCUUCCCCAAGAUCAUGGUGAACAUCCUGCCCCAUUUCGCUCUCCCGGCCUCCGACAGCCAGGUGGCGGCGCAGAGGGAGACGGCGAACCGCGUGUACGACCUGCUGAAGGAUGCCAACUGCCUCGGAAAGCAGCAAAUAGACAGCCUGAUUCACAGCAACCUGGCGGACAUUGUAGUGGAGCUGCUGAUGACUCUGUACGAAGAGGCAGGGCCCGAAGCAGAAGGGGGCGGAGAACUGCACAGGUUUAUUGGGCAGUUGGACCCCGCUCCAAACCCACCGUACUUCAGUUCCUACGUCAUUAAAGCCACUCUGGAUUACCUCAGCAAGUGCCACAGCACGAACGUCCGGUCGCUGGUGGCCAUCCUCUCUAAAACCCCGGUCUCCAUCCAGAAGGUUCUGUUUGCCAUUUGCCAGAAGGCAUCAGAAACCACCAAUGCCUAUGAGAAGCACCGCAUCCUUCUCAUGUACCACUUAUUUGUGAGACUCUUGCUUAAGGAGAUAAAGGAUGGUCUGGGUGGAGCCUGGGCUUUCAUCCUGAGGGACAUCAUCUACACGCUCAUCCACCACAUCAACAGCAGGCCAGUUCACCUGGACGAAGUGUCCACCCGUAGCUUCUCCCUGUGCUGUGACCUGCUGACCUCCGUGUGCCGGACGGCCGUGCAGCUCUCAGUGGACGCUCUUGAGAGCCACCUGCAGGUUAUUGUUGGUACUCUCACAGCCCAGGUGACCGACCAGUCAGCUGUAUCGCAACAAGUUCUGGACCUGCUGAAGUUCCUGGUGAUCGACUGUCAGGACAACGAGCGUUUCAAGCACGCUAUCCAGCACCUGGAGCCCUUCCCAACGGGGCCGGCCUUCCGGAAGCUGAGGGCCUCUCAGCAGGCACUGAAGUACAGCGAGGGGACAUUCACGCUCAGAGAGGAGAUCAUCCACUUCCUGUCUGUGUCGCCCUGUGACACCCUGCCCAUGACGAGGCUGGAAGGCCUGAAGGACCUCAGGAUGCAGCUCAGCACUCACAAGGGGGCGAUCAGGAAGUUGCUUCUGGAGUGCCAGGCUGACCCCGUGGAGAGUGUCCUCAUGAAGCUGGUCCUGAACCUUCUGCAGAUUUCUAAGAUGGCCGUCAACCACCCUGGGGGAAGGGAUGUUUUAGAGGCUGUUGGGAGCUGCUUGGGAGAAUUGGGGCCUGUGGACUUGUCCACUAUCGCUCUCCUCCAUGAGAAAGACCAGGUCAACGCCAAGGCCGCGAAGCUCUUCCCUGACUUGGAGCUCCAGUGGACCUUCAUCGUGUUCAACUGCAUGAACAGUGCCCUGGUUCACCCAUGCAUUAAGGUGAGGCAGGCAUCUGUUCAGUGUCUGAAAGCCAUCCUGGCCACAAGAAUUGGGGCGAAGUUCUGGGAGGUGCACAAGGACAGCCGGGACCCCAUGCUGGUCUAUUUCAGCCCUCUGCGGUCAACAAAAAGGAAGACGCUGGAGGAAAGAGCUGAACCGAAGCCAGGUUCCAGGGAGCAGUUGGACAUCUCCGAGCUCUGGGUGCCCCAGCAGAAUCGACACAGUGUUUGGCUGAAGAGCCUCUGCGUGGCCCUCGUGGACAGCGGGGGGGUUACGAGUGAGGCGCUGCUUCUCUCACGCCCCCUGUGUGAGGUGAAGACGGACUUUUGCCAGAAGGUUCUGCUGCUCUUUAUCCACGACAUCCUGCUGCACGACGCUGACGGCUCCUGGAGGGCUCUCCUCUCCAGCCACAUCCGCGAGUUCUUCACCUGCUUCUCCAGGGCGGUCUCUGCCUGCAGCCGCUCCACCACGCCCCUCCCUGCAGAUUCUGGAAGUGAAUCGGAUAUUUCAAACCAAGGGUUGCUGGACAAAUCCUCUCUUCGUACGAUGCUGGCCGUCGUCGACCACCUCCGGCAGCAGAAGAGGCCUUUGGAGCCCGACAGCAUCACCUAUGGGACAGUCUGCCAUUCAAAUUUCUGGCUGGACCUGAACUACCUAGAGGUGGCCCGGGCGGCUCAGUGGUGCUCCGCCCAUUUCACAGCGCUGCUCUACACCGAGAUAUACAUGGACAAGAUCCGAUCCGACAUGGAGCAGAACCAAAGGACCCAGCAAAAAGUCUCACGGAGAAUCGUAUUCGAAGAGAGCAGUCAGAACUUCUCCAUCGCCAGUCUGAGCGAGAGGAGCAUGGAGGCUUCCGGCAUCAGCCUUCAGGACUUGCUGAUUGAGGCAUACAGGAGUAUUGGUGAGCCGGACAGUCUGUAUGGGUGCGGCGCAGGGAAGGUGGUCAGCCCUAUAACGAGGAUCAGGACCUAUGAGCAUGAGGCCUUGUGGGGGAAGGCGCUGACGUCCUAUGACCUUCACUCCAGCCUUCCUGAGGUCACACGCCAAGUGGGGAUCUUGGAGGCUUUGCAGAACUCUGGGCUGUGCAGCACUCUGGCCACCUACCUGCGUGGUCUGGAGAGCGAGGGGGUGGAGUGGGGGGCGGAGCUACGGGAAAAAAGGUUCCAGGCAGCCUGGAGGAGUUCGCAGUGGGACUGCGACUUGUCGGAGCGGAGCGAAAAGCUGGAUCCCGGGUUCAACGAGUCGGUGUUCUGCGCCCUGCGAGCACUUAGGGACAAAGAGUUCUCCGCCUUUGACGGAAUGCUGAAGCGUGCCAGGUACUCCGAGGUGGAGGAGCUGUGUCGCGGCAGUCUGGAGGCUGUAUCCUCGCUGUACCCGACCCUCUGCAACCUGCAAAGGGUCAGCGAGCUGGAGAGCGUCGGCCUGCUCUGCUCCAGGUCUGUGACAGAAGCUGGUCUGGCUGAACUGUACAGUGGCUGGCAGCAGCACUCGCAGCUCCUGAUUGACAGUGAUUUCGGCCUAUUGGAGCCGAUCAUGGCCCUGCGCACCACGACGCAGGAGCUGCUGAUUGGACGGGAGCAGGCGGGCGAAAGGAAGGAGCACCUGCACAUGGGUCUGACCUCGCAUCUCAUGGAGAUGUGCAAGCUGGCCCGCAAGGCAGGAAACACUCAGCUGGCGGAGCGAGCCAUGUUUCAGAUGAAGCAGCUCGACGGAGAGGGCCGGGGCGCAGGACCGUCUGCGUGGCAGCUGGAGGAGGCCCAGGUGUUUUGGGCCAAGAAGGAGCAGGGCCUGGCGCUGGGAAUCCUUCAGCAGAUGAUAGAAACGCUUAGUGAGCAGGUGCAGUUUGACUCCACUCUAAUGCCAGUGUUGGCUGAGUGUUUGAGGCUCUGUGGUAACUGGUUGGCAGAGACUUGCCUGGUGAGCCCUGGAAUUGUCCUGGAGGAAUAUCUAGAGAAGGCAGUGAAAGUGAUAGAGAACCACCGAGACGGAACCAGCGCCCAACUGGAGAGCCAGAAGACCCAGGCCUUUCUGUCGCUGGCACGCUUCUCGGACGCGCAGUACCAGAGCAUCGUGAACUACAUGAAGUCCUCCGAGUUCGAGAACAAGCAGGCUCUGCUGGAGAAGGCCAAGGUGGAAGUGGACCUCAUGAGGGAACGCAAAGUCAACCUCAACAGGUACACCGUCAAGGUGCAGCGGGAGCUGGAGCUGGACGAGCGGGCGCUGGCCAACCUGCAAGCCGACCGACUGCGCUUCUUGUGCAAGGCUGUGGAGAACUACAUCCAGUGUCUGGGGCUGGGCGAAGAGCACGACAUGUGGGUGUUCCGACUGGCUUCUCUCUGGCUGGAGAACUCGGAUGUCAAGGAAGUCAACAGCAUGAUGAAGAUGGGCGUGGAGAACAUCCCGUCCUACAAGUUUAUUCUGCUUAUGUACCAGCUAGCCGCCCGGAUGGGCACCAAGAUGUCCGGCGCGGCGGGCGAGGGCGGCGGCUUCCAUGACGUCCUGAAUGAGCUUAUCUGCCGUACCUCUCUGGAUCACCCGCACCACACCCUUUUUAUUAUUUUGGCUCUGGUCAAUGCCAACAAGGACACGAGCUUCACCGGCAGCCGGCUGUCCAAGAGUGCCCUACGGCAGCCCUCCCAGAUGGAUAAGGAACGUACCGAGGUGGCCUCCAAGAUCAUUAAUGUGGUCAGGAGGCAAAGGGCAGACCUGGUCCGAGGCACUGAGAUCCUCUGUAAUGCCUACAUCACUCUGGCUUACAUGGACGCCACUCGGCAUAAGAACGAGAAGAAACCCAUCCCAAUACCAUCCGAACAACCCAUUACGAAAAUAAAGGACCUCGAUAAUGUCAUCAUCCCAACAAUGGAGAUCAAGGUGGAUCCCACAGGUAAGUAUGACAACCUGGUGACCAUCAAGUCCUUCAAACCUACCUAUUGUCUUAUCGGGGGUGUCAACCUGCCUAAAAUCAUCGACUGUGUGGGCUCGGAUGGACAGAGGAGGCGGCAGCUGGUUAAGGGCCAGGAUGACCUCAGACAGGAUGCUGUCAUGCAGCAGGUCUUCCAGAUGUGCUCCAUGCUUCUCCAGCGCAAUGUGGAGACUCGCAAGAGAAAACUCAACAUUCGCCGGUACAAGGUGGUACCCUUCUCCCAGUGCAGCGGGGUGCUGGAAUGGUGUUCAGGGACCAUGCCCAUAGGGGAGUUUCUGGUCGAUGUCCAGAAGGGUGCCCACAAACGCUUCCGGCCUCAGGAUUGGACAAGCUUUGUCUGCAGGAAAGUGAUGAUGGAAUCUCAGAAAAAAGGAUUUGAUGAAAAGGUUCAGGCUUUCAAUGAGGUGUGCCAGCAUUUCCGUCCCGUCUUCCGGUACUUCUGCGUGGAGCGGUUCCUGGACCCCGCGGUUUGGCUGGAGAAACGGCUGGCGUAUACCCGCAGUGUGGCUACCUGUUCCAUCGUGGGCUACAUUGUUGGACUUGGAGAUAGGCACAUCCAGAACAUUCUGAUUGAUGAAGAGACAGCUGAGCUGGUACACAUUGAUUUAGGCGUUGCCUUUGAACAGGGCAAAGUUCUGCCCACGCCGGAGACCGUGCCCUUUAGGUUAUCCAGGGAUAUCGUCGACGGAAUGGGAAUCACAGGCGUUGAAGGGGUUUUUAGAAGGUGCUGUGAGAAGACCAUGGAGGUGAUGCGACAUUCCCAAGAGGCCUUGCUGACAAUAGUUGAAGUGCUGCUGUAUGACCCGCUCUUCGACUGGACGAUGAACCCCCUGAAGGCCUUCUACCUGCAACAGCAGCAUGAAGAGGCUGAGAUGAAUGCCACACUCAACUCCACCCUAGGAGGAGAGGACAUUGAGGCCCAUCGCAAAUCCAGUGGUGACGCCCAGAGCUUCAACAAGGUUGCUGAACGUGUCCUGCUCCGGCUCCAGGAGAAGUUGAAGGGUGUGGAGGAGGGGACCGUGCUCAGUGUGGGGGGGCAGGUCAACCUCCUCAUCCAGCAGGCCAUGGACCCAAAGAACCUCAGUCGUCUCUUCCCAGGCUGGCAGGCUUGGGUUUGAAGGAGACGCAUCUUCAGGGUCUGCUCUGUAUCCAUGUGGGAUAGAAAACUCCUCUGUAUACCUGCAGAACAAUUUAUCUGAAUUUAAGCUUCCUUUUUUUCUACCACUCUACUUCUGUUUUUGCAUCAUACACACAAAUCAUCAUAAAAUGGCAAUUUCAAAAGGAAAGCCUUCUCAAACGUCUGACAUUAUAUGUACCUGAAACGCCUGAUGUUUAUCUUUUGAAAUUCCUUAGAUAUCCAUUCUGCAUUUUGCUGCUCUCCACACAUGUUGACAUUUUUUUUGAACCCAGAUCUCUUUGGAUUUGAUACGUUGCAGAGUGUAUAAAUGUAUACUAGCAAAGUCUAUCUUUUUAAUGUUUGCCCUACUCUUUCACCUUUAAGUUCUGUUAAUAUCAUUCUGUAGCUGUCUUUAACGAUCGUUUUUUGUUUUAUAUUACGUAUGAAAUGAUACUGAAAAGAAGACCGCUUAUGUCUAUUUUACUGGAAAAAAAAUAAAUAAAACGUUUUCAGUAAAGUGCAAA